AACGCAUCGAACAUCGUUUCGCAUUCAACCACUUGCUCCCACCUCAUACAAGAGUCAAAGCCCUUGCUAACUCGUUGCCCUUGCCCUACUAGAUGCGGCGAAAUGUCUCUUAUUGCUGAUGGCAUAUUUGCCGCCUUACCUACGACUACGAGAGGGCAACCUACCCCGCUGUCUGCAGACUCAAAAGGCGAACGAAUAGCCUACGCCUCGAACAAGUCAAUCUUCCUGAGGUCGAUCGACGAUCCUGCCAUAUCUACACAGUAUACGCAACACACAGCCGCAACAACAGUCGCCCGAUUUGCACCAUCCGGUUUCUACUGCGCUUCAGGCGAUGCUUCAGGAAUUGUCAGGGUGUGGGACUGUUCACCGAAUGGUUCAGGGGCCACAAAAGGAGAAUAUGCCAUUAUAUCUGGGAGGAUCAAUGAUAUUGCCUGGGACGGCGACAGUCAACGCAUAAUAGCUGUUGGCGACGGAAAACAACGUUACGGACACUGCGUGACUGCGGAUUCAGGCAACACGGUAGGAGAAAUCAGCGGGCACUCUGCGCAGGUCAACGCAGUUAGUAUUCGACAGCAACGGCCAUUGAGAGCCGCAACAGCCGGUGACGAUAAGAACCUGGUCUUCUACCACGGAGCACCUUUCAAGUUCAACGAUAUUCCAGGCAGAGGCAACCAUACUAAUUUCAUAUAUGGCGUGGCUUUCUCACCCGAUGGAAGUCAUCUACUCAGCGUUGGUGGUGAUAAGAAGAUCUAUCUGUACGAUGGCAAAACAGGAGAGGCGAAGACGGAGAUUGUCGACAGCUCAGAGGGGCACAAGGGCAGUAUCUUUGGUGUUUCAUGGUCGAAGGAUUCGAAGAAUUUCGUCACGUGCUCCGGCGACCGUACCGUCAAGACUUGGGACGUAGAGGCAGGGAAAGUAACGCACACAUGGACUUUUGGCGAUGGCAUUGCUAUUCCAGAUCAGCAAGUUGGCGUGGUAUGGCCUUCGGGCAGGGCAGAUGGCUUGAUCAUUUCGCUAUCGCUUAGCGGAGACCUUAACUAUCUGAACACAAAUUCGAGUAAACCGACGAAGGUUCUCUCUGGACAUCAGAAGAAUAUCACAGCACUCACCUCCUUAGGCGAGGCCGGCAGUGAAACGCUGUGGACGGGAAGUUACGAAGGUCGUCUUUGUGCAUGGGAACCUGCAAACGGAACUGCAGAAACCAUCGAAGGUGAUGGACAUACGAAUAUUAUUUCUGGGCUUGCUGCAACGUCCACUGGCAAGCACCCUCAAAUUUUCUCAGUGGGUUGGGAUGACUCGCUCAGGACCGUCGAUGCCGGCGCAAAGACCUUUACUGGGAAGGCGACUCAAUUAUCUUCACAGCCAAAAGCCUUGACCUGCACCUCGGAUUCAUUGGUCGUUGUUGCUCAGCUGGAGAGUGUAAUUGUGUACAGAGACGGCGAAGAAGACGGAGAGCUUCCGCUCAAGUCCACACCGACAUCUCUCUCGUCAUCUGGAAGCACGGUUGCCAUCGGUUCUGAGGAUUCGAGCUUGCGGUUGUUUUCUGUGACACCUGGGAAGGCACCAAAACAGACCGCAGUUGUCGAAAAAGUCUCCGCCGCUCCUUUGACAGCAAUAUCCUUUUCUCAGGAUGGUUCCAUGGUCGCUGUCGGCACAGCAGCUGGCAAGAUCUAUGUUUACAAGAUAAGUAGUGGAGUUACAGGUCUUGUGACAGGCACGGCAAACCUUGAUCUUGUGAUAGACCGUUGGAGUGCUCAUACAGGCAAAAUCACAUGCAUCGCAUGGAAUCCAGAGGGUACAGGUGCUGUCUCAGGAAGUCUUGACACCAACAUAUUUGCUUGGAGCCUCAGAGAGCCCGGGAAACGAGUGAAGGAGACCAACGCUCACAAAGAAGGGGUUAAUGGUCUUGUUUGGCUCGGUGAUGCAGUUUACAGCACUGGCGCAGAUGCUACAGUGAAGAAGUGGAAGGUCCAGAUAGUUUAGGUUAGGUUAGAACAUCCCUGAAACAACCUGGGCGUCUGAUGGUAGAAAUGGAUUACGAUCAUGAGGCUCUGAAUGCAGCGUCCUUUGUGUCCAGGCGCAGACUGAUUGAUUGCCAAAUGCGCGUUGAUCCAGUUUGCUUUCUUUGUCUUCUGGUUCAACCAUGUACAAUAAG